AUCACGCGCGCAAACACAGCCCGUCGAUCUCCACGGACGCACGAGGACCAGCUCUUCGUCCACCUCGUGCUCUCCUCCACACACGCGCACAUACUCACUGACGCGCUGCAUGCUCGUGUUAGAGAAGCGUGUGUGGCUCACCUUGCGGCUGGCGUUCACAGAACGAUGAAAUGAACAGCGCGGAGCGUUACUUCUGAGCGCGCGCUCUCGGAGGUGACCGCGCGAAGACAAUGAUGAACUCCACUGACGGAAAUGACACGGAAGGUUCCGGCGCGCAGCUCGCGCUGGAGAUUGGAGCUGAAAACGUGGCCACUCUGUUGGUGUUUGCGCUGAUCUUUGCACUGGGCGUGCUGGGCAACGCUGUGGUCAUCACGGUGCUGGCCCGUAGCCGGCCGGGCCGAGCCCGCAGCACCACCAACAUCUUCAUCCUGAACCUGAGCGUGGCCGACCUGUCCUACCUGCUCUUCUGCGUGCCCUUCCAGGCCACCGUCUAUGUUCUGCCCACCUGGGUACUGGGUGCCUUCGCCUGCAAGUUUGUCCACUACUUUUUCACUGUCUCCAUGCUGGUCAGCAUCUUCACGCUGUCUGCCAUGUCUGUGGACCGCUACGUGGCCAUCGUGCGCGCCCGCAGCUCCUCGUCUGUGCGUGUGGCCCGGAAUGCCCUGCUGGCCGUCCUGGUCAUCUGGCUGCUGUCUCUGGCCAUGGCGGCACCAGUUGCAUAUUACCAGCGUAUCAUCGAACGGGCAGACAAUGCCACCUACUGCUGGGAGCUGUGGCCACAGGCGCAUCACAGGAAGAUCUACGUGGUGUGCACCUUCGUGUUCGGAUAUGUGUUGCCACUGCUGCUUAUCUCAUUCUGCUAUGCCAGGGUUUUAAAUCACUUGAGCAAAAAGCUCAAAAACAUGUCUAAAAAAUCUGAGGCUUCUAAAAGGAAGACGGCGCAGACGGUGUUAGUGGUAGUGGUGGUUUUCUGUCUCUCCUGGCUUCCUCACCAUGUGGUGCACCUGUGGGUGGAGUUUGGCUCCUUCCCCCUGAACCAGGCCUCCUUCAUUUUUCGGGUGGUUGCCCACUGCCUCGCCUACAGCAACUCCUCCGUCAACCCCAUCAUCUAUGCCUUCCUCUCCGAAAACUUCAGAAAGGCCUACAAGCAGGUGUUCAAGUGCCAAAUCUCCAGUGAGUCGCCGCUAAAUGACAUCAAGGAGGUCCGCAGUAAAGCCGAAACCCCUCCCUCCACUAACUGCACUAAUGUCUGAUGUGUUUCAGGGUUUUGGAGCAGACUGGAGGAAUAGGACUGUCCACAAAGCCUGGAAAUUAAAGCUGAAUAAUACCGGGGCUGAUCCUUAUACUAUAAACUCUGCGCUUGAGCCUGCUAAUGUGAUGCUGUUGACAUUAUGCCUCAAACAUUUCUCUCAGUCUUUCAGCUUCUUUGGAGUUAAAGGAGUAGUUUGGGGGUGAAAAAAAAUUUCCCAAAUGGCCCCAGAAUAGCCCUAAAUGUAGUCAAUCUGCAAGACAUGUUUGCUAUUUGAUCUGUAAAAACUGACAAAAAAUGCAGGGUAUAGCUAAAAACCACAGUAGCAGUUUUCAAAAUUUUGUUCUGGCAGCAUAUCAUGUACUUAAGUCAGAGAAGCUACUUCUAAUAGCAAAUCUAUUUAGGGGUGUGUGAGGAUUUAAGCAUGUUUGCACCAUGCUUAUUGUAGUAAACUUGCAUCACAUGCUAGCAACAUUAUCAUAACUUUUUUAUAUUCAAGGCUAAACUAAGGAAGCAAACUUUAGACAACAAACAUGUCUUCUACAUUUGGGAUGAAGGGGAAAUUGUGAAAAUUAGAUUGUUUUUCCUAUAUAUAACUCUUUCAGCAUGUCUCUGGGGCUACACUUUUCUUUAGAUUGUUAGCAUAGCAGCAACCAUGGACAGCAAAAAACGUAAGAGGAAGUCUAGACCUGGUAUAUCAGAGGUCAGUCACAAUGUGUUUUUUUUCUGGUCCAUCUGAACCUAAGAAUGUAGCUGCAGGACUGAUCAGCAUUAAUGAUAAUGUCAUUACAAUUAAAGGUUUAUAACGUUAUUAGCCGUAGGCUCUGGAGCAGGUUAAAUGUAUUUAAAUGUGAGUAAUGGAAUAAUGUGAGUUCAGAACAUGCUUUUCAAUAGGAAAAACAGAAUUUGUAGCAAAAUAUUCUCCAUUCAAUUCAACUUUGUCAUGUGCAGCACAAUGAAAAGUCUUCUCACUGGUGCACACAGUGCAUGGUACACACAGCAGUACACAA